AUGGCGGCGGCAGGUCCGAGUACUCGGGCCUCUUCCGCGGCGGCAGCGGCAGCUCUGAAUCGACGGGGUCGGCGGGGCCGCUGUGACGAGAUGGCGGCAGCCAAGACUGGCACCCCGGGCCCGGCCUCUGGCCCCGCGCUGCUGGUGUUGCCGCCGCCGUUGCUGCAGCCGCCGCCACCGCCGCGGCCGGAGGAGUCGGACUGCGCUGGGUGCCUGGAGACCCCGGGGGAAGCGGCGGCCCUGCCGUGCGGCCACUCGCUAUGCCGAGGCUGCGCCCAACGCGCCGCCGACGCGGCGGGCCCGGGUUGCCCGCGCUGCCGCGCCCGCGGCCCGGGCUGGGCCCGCCGUCGGGCCCGCGGCAACUGGCAGCCCGACGCGGAGGUGCUGGGCGAGCGCGCCCGCCGCGGCCCACCCGAGCGCUGCCGCCCGCGUCGUGACGGGGGCGCGUCCGCCGCGGGGCCCAGGCCCGAGCAGGAGACGCGCGCCGCGCCCGCGGAGCCAGAGUUUAUAUUCAGAGCACCAAUCAAAUUAAGCAAGCCUGGGGAACUUCGUGAGGAAUAUGAAAGCCUGAGAAAGCUGAGAGAAGAAAAGUUACAAGAGGAGAAAACCUCUGAAGAUCAAAUCCACAGGCUGUUACCAGAGGAUACAGAAAUGGGAAAAAGGAAAAUGGAUGAACAGAAAAAAAGAGAUGAGCCUUUAGUACUGAAGACAAAUCUAGAGUGUUGUCCUGCGCGUCUCUCAGAUUCAGAGAAUGAAGAACCUUCUCGAGGCAAGAUGAUACAGACACACCGCUCGGCAUUUGUUUCCAAGAACAACUCCUACUCCUUAUCUUUCCUGGCAGGGAACCUAAAUUCCAAGAUGGAAAGGAGUCAGAGCUGCAGUGACACUGGUCAGGACAGAGUGAAGGGCAGACUGAGAGCAGCCCCAACCAGCAAAGCCAAGGUCACAACCAUGACCCCAGCCUCCAACCCUAUCAUUGGUGUCCUCUUGUCCACCCAAAACAACCGCUGCCUCUCGGCCCCUGACUUAACCAUUGAAAAGCGUCUGCCCUUCAGCUCCCUCUCAUCCUUGGCUUCCUUGCAUAAGCCAGAGCGCUCCAUCAGCCCUGAGAGCAACGACAGCAUCUCCGAAGAACUAAACCAUUUCAAGCCCAUUGUCUGCUCACCAUGUACUCCUCCCAAGAGACUCCCUGAUGGCCGUGUACUGAGUCCCCUUAUCAUCAAAUCAACACCCCGCAACCUAAACAGAAGCCUGCAGAAGCAGACUUCUUAUGAGGCCAGUCCACGGAUCCUCAAAAAGUGGGAACAGAUCUUUCAGGAGCGGCAAAUCAAAAAGACCCUUUCGAAAGCCACCCUCACCUCCCUGGCUCCAGAAACAGGGGAAGACUUACUCGUCACUGAAGUUACCCAUUCUAGCAAGGAGAAGCCACUUUUGGCUUUAAAUACAAGACUGUCCAGUGGGCAAGUACUCUCUGAGUAUACAGGACCUACCGCCACUGACCUUGAUUAUUUCCCCUCUGUUAGCCAGACAAAAGCAGAGCAGGGCAGUGACAGUAAAAGGAGCACUGAGAUCCCAUUAGAAACCUGCUGUUCUUCAGAACUCAAAAUGGGAGCCAGUGGGACUUCUUUGGAGAGAGAGCAGUUUGAAGGGUCAGGGUCAUCCCCAGAUGCCAAGUUAGAUAAAACCUGUAUAACAACAGCUAUGAAAAUCUCAGCAGUUAAUUCAGUGCUACCUAAAAACAGUGUUUUGGGCGGGGUCCUCAAAACAAAGAAACAGCUGAAGGCAGUUAAUCAUUUUGAUAUGCCUAAUGGUGUUCUGGCAGACAGCCUAGGUGAGGAGCCACUUCCUUCCCUGCGUCGCGGCAGGAAAAGACGCUGUAAGACCAAGCACUUGGAACAAAAUGGCUCCCUUAAGAAACUGCGACAAAGCAGUGGUGAGGUGGGUCUGGCCCCAGCAGACCCAGUACUGCGAGAGAUGGAGCAGAAAUUGCAGCAAGAGGAAGAGGACCGGCAGCUCGCUCUGCAGUUGCAGCGCAUGUUUGACAAUGAGAGGAGGACUGUGAGUCGGCGAAAAGGAAGCGUGGAUCAGUACCUCUUGCGGUCCAGUAGCAUGGCUGGGGCCAAGUAGCACCCGACGAGCAGUGUUACCUAUUUUUCAGAGGUCUUUGGGCUUGAUCAUUUACCCUGAAGAAAUGAGUGUUCUCACUUUGGGUUUCUUUUAAUGGCAAAACACUGUCUAGCAUGAUUCUGAGAGGUCUCGGGCCUUUGUAGUAUAUAUAUCCAAGGAAGCUGCAUCUCUGCCUUCCUGUGACCCAGGCCAGAAGUGCUCCUCACCCCCUAAGUGACCCACCCCUUAGGGCGUCUGGGCCAAAUCUGGCAGCCCCUGCUUGGGAUGAGAUUCAGGAGCACAAUGGCCAGGGUUAGAAAUGGUAGAGGAAAAGAGGAUACCUUCUCAAACUGAUAGACUUCCUGACUUCUUUCAACAGGUGUUGUUUUAAAUCAGCCAUGCAGAUAAAAAUUAGUUCCAUCUUUUUUCAAAGAAGUGGAACAGUAUAGAUCUUUGGCAGAUCCACAAAGAUUAUGUUCCCCCUUCUUACCCUUGCCACAAGUAAAUAUUCCUAAU